AUGACAGAUGAUCGUCCCCAAUACGCCUCGCUCCACUCCAUUCUCUUCGGCCCGCAUCUCUUAGUCGGACUUACGGACGGCGAUCGCGAACUCAUCCCGGGCUUUGACCCAUCACACCCUGCCACGUGGAUCCGCCCUGUGGACCCUGAGACGCUCGACCAGCAGCUGAUCUCGCUGUCGCUGUUCGCACCGCCACGUCAGACGCCACAUCAGCUGCCACGUCAGCAGGGCCGGGACGGCAACGAGAGUGCCAGUAGCAGUGAUGAGAGCACUGAGCAGUACGUUGUCUGGCGCCGGAGCAAUGAGACGCAGCCAAUGGCAGGUGGCACACGUGGCAGUCCGUUAUUGGCUGUGCUGAUACGUGGCAGGCCAGGAGAGGGCACAGAGGAGGCCAUGUCAGCAACGUUGAGGGUGAGAGGGCCUGUGGAAAAGAGGGGAGGGGACAUUGGCAAGGAGGAGGAGGAAGAGUGGCGGUGGGACAGUGGGGGUUUGGCUGCUCUGAUUGGCCGGGAGAUCUCCUUUGAGUUGCUUGAGAUUCCUGGAAGCUUCCUGGCCGUGGAUUGGUGUGGUGGUGGCGGUGUGGGGCGGGGGGAGGGGGAGAGGGGCGAGGGAGUAGCAGCAGGGUCGGAGUCAGGCGGGGAGACGUGGAGGCUAGUGUGGCGGACGAGGGGUGAGAUGGACGCAUGCCGGACUGACAUGCUGCAGAGAGGCAAGGCUGAGUCGACUGGAGACAUUGGUGCAUGCCAGGCUGGGCGGGCUGCUGUGUUCCGACUCAUUGCCGGGGAGGAGGAGGGCAGUCAGGAAGUGUUGCAGCUGGAAGGGUUGAGGCUGGAGCUGGCAGACUGCCCUGAGUGGGUUGUUUCUCUGGACACUGGCAGCAGCAGCAGCAGCAGCAGCAGCAGCAGCAGCAGCAGCAGCAGCAGCAGCAGCAGCAGCAGCAGCAGCAGCAGCCUUGGUAGUGGCAGUAGUAGCAGUGGCAGCACAGCAGGCAGUCUGGUGGUUCAGCUCUCAGGGGAAGCACCCUCUUCUCCCCCAUCAUCUCCUAACGCGCUGCUCUUCUCGGUCCACCGGGGCCUGGCAGCAGGCAGCGCCAUGAGCUUCAUUGCAAGGGGAGCCAAACGGGAUUUCCUGCUGCAGCCGAUUUCAGAGCUCAGAGACGAGCGCUACACCUCCUACUUCAAUGUCUCCACUGCCCCGCCACCCGCUCCGCCCUCUCCCUCUCCUCCCUCUCCUCCCUCUCCUCCCUCUCCUGCUCCGGCCCCCUCAUUCUGA